UUAUAUAUCUCCACACUUCCACAACAUAUUACUAGACACCCAAGUCCCAGUCUCCUCCUCAGCCGCCAUGUCGGAAAAAGUAUGCGACCACCACAACACUGCGCGACGCAAUAGGGCGAGGUGGUGCGCGGUGGCCAUCCUAACCUUCGUCUUCGUCUUCGUCCUCGUCGUCCUCCUCGUGUGGGCCAUCCUCCAGCCGAAAAAGCCCCGGUUCACCCUCCAAGACGCCACCAUCUUCAACCUCAACAUCUCCGCCGCCAACGUCAUCUCCGCCACCGUCCAAGUCACCGUGAGCUCCCGCAACCCGAACCGCCGCAUCGGCGUCUACUACGACCGCCUCAGCGCCUACGCCACCUACCGGAGCCAGCAGAUCAGCUACUCCACGGCGAUCCCCGCCGUCUACCAGGGCCACAAGGACGUCAACGUGUGGUCCCCGUUUCUAUACGGGGUCGACGUCCCUGUGGCCCCCUACAACGGCGCCGCCCUGGCGCAGGACCGCGCGGACGGCGCCGUGAAUUUACUUGUCAAGAUGAACGGCCGCGUCCGCUGGAAGGUCGGGUCGUUCAUCUCCGGCCGCUACCACCUCCACGUCGCCUGCGCCGCCUAUAUCCCCGUCGGAAAUAGCAAGAACACCGGCAUUGUUGUCGGAAAUUCAGUUAAGUAUCAGCUUUCACAGAGAUGCAGUGUUAAUGUUUGAUUCAUUUUCGUUUCUUUUUUGUGUAAUUUUUUUUAUCUUAAUUAUAUUUGAUGGAAAUAAUGUGGGAGAUUAUCAGGUGAAUGUAGAAAUUUGCAAUCUUGUAUUAUUACACUAGAUUAAUUAAUGAUUAUGAUGUAGUUAUAAAAUAUUAUAUGUAAUACUAGUUGUUUUUUUGAUUUAAAA